AAAGCUCGUAUAAAUAUGGAAGGAUUACAACAGCUGAGACACACUCAUCCGCCGGUCGUGGAAUCUACAGGUUCAAGCAGACACCUAGCUGAGACAAGAAGCACCAAACCACAGUCCAGAGUAGGAUCAAUUAUAGCACAAUGAACUCAUCCAGCCAGCUCAACCGAGGACUUUCGAUAAUGCAGUUGGUUCUCGUACUGCUGAUGGCGAGUUCGGUGGCGGCGAAUCAACGUUUCUGUGGAAAGCAGCUGGUGAUGAUCCUAUCGAUGUUGUGCGAUGAGUAUCCGGAUCUGCACAAUAGCAGUAAAAAAUCUAUGAUCGAUUUAGGCAAGAUGGAUUACGCGAAUGACGAUUGGAUGAACAUGAUCGGUCAGGAUCAGGAUGUUCCGGCAGUUGGCUCUGAUUUGAUACUUCCAGCUGCCCACACGGAGCAACAGAAGAUCCCCCUCUGGGUGAGUAUGAUGUAUCCCCAGGAUUAUCCGUUCCGUGCGGCGGCAGUCGGACGCAACGAUCUGAUUCCGACUCGAUUCCGGAAGAACUUUCGCGGUAUCGUUGACGAGUGCUGCCUGCGACCGUGCGGAUACAAUCAGCUGAUCAAGUACUGCAAAACGGUCGCCUAAGCUGUCUCGCCUAGUGGACUAGUGGGGGUGUUGGAUGUGCGAGAAACUUGCGCGAAAAAAACAAAACCAAGCGAAUUUAUGUGCCUCAGCCAAUGUUGGAAGUCAUUUAGAAUUUAGGAUUGUUAUUUGUUUUGUGUGGAUAAACAGAUCUCAUACAGAAUUAGCUAAACGGUCGUUGUCGAGAAUAUUCUAAUCCAUCGUAAAACUUGUUGUAGCGAAUUCAAUUCUAGGCAAAUGUAAAAAUUAAACUAUUUCGUAUUCGUGUGCUAGCAAAGGUAAAUAAAAAUAUUUACA